GUGCGGCAGUCUUCCUUUUCUUCCGUGGCCGCCAUUGAGUGUGGAGCGUGGUUCCUGGCGAGCCGUGAAUUCUUUUAAGUAUGGCUUGUGCCCGACCAUUAAUUUCGGUCUAUUCCGAGAAGGGUGAGACUUCAGGCAAAAAUGUGGUUUUGCCUGCCGUAUUCAGGGCCCCCAUUCGCCCAGAUAUUGUGAACUUCGUGCAUACCAACAUGCGCAAAAACAAGCGUCAGCCGUAUGCCGUCAGCGAAUUGGCAGGUCACCAGACCAGUGCCGAGUCCUGGGGCACAGGCCGUGCUGUGGCCCGUAUUCCCAGAGUGCGUGGUGGCGGUACGCACCGCUCUGGCCAGGGUGCCUUUGGAAACAUGUGCCGUGGUGGUCGCAUGUUUGCCCCCACUAAGACCUGGCGCCGUUGGCACAGAAGGAUCAAUGUCACCCAGAAGCGCUAUGCCAUCUGUUCUGCCCUGGCUGCCUCUGCCCUCCCUGCCCUGGUCAUGGCCAAAGGUCACCGCAUUGAGGAGAUUCCUGAGGUCCCACUUGUCGUUGAUGACAAAGUUGAGGGAUACAAAAAGACCAAGGAGGCAGUGCUUCUGCUGAAGAAACUCAAGGCAUGGAAUGACAUCAAGAAGGUUUACGCCUCUCAACGCAUGCGUGCCGGCAAGGGUAAAAUGAGAAACCGUAGACGUAUACAGCGUAAGGGGCCAUGCAUCAUCUUCAACGAAGACAGUGGUGUCACGAAAGCCUUCAGAAAUAUCCCAGGUGUCACACUCCAGCGAGUGAGCAAACUGGACCUCCUGAAACUAGCCCCUGGUGGUCACAUCGGCCGUUUUUGCAUCUGGACUGAGAGUGCAUUCCGCAAACUGGAUGAUCUGUACGGCACCUGGCGCAAACCAUCCACCCUCAAGGUGGACUACAAUUUGCCAAUGCAUAAAAUGACCAACACAGACCUGGCCAGAAUCCUGCAGAGUGAGGAAAUACAUAAGGCACUUCAUGCUCCCACUAGAAAGAUCGAGCGCAGAGUGCUGAAGAAGAACCCUCUGAAGAACCUGCGAAUAAUGAUGAAGCUCAACCCUUAUGCCAAGACUGCGCGCCGCCGUGCCAUCCUUCAGCACAAACCAGAGAUCAAAGCUAAAAUGCUGAAGCCCAAGAGGAAGGUAAAGAGGGUUAAGAAGGCCAAGAAGCCAGCAGCAGUUCCAGCGACUCAGUAGAGCUCUGAUCACAUGCUUGCAGUGUGCAGUCCUCAUAGUGGUUCCCAACAAUAAACCUUUACCUGGAAAGUGAAAA